AUGACUAAUCACCGUGAAGUACCUCCCGAGGGUGUUUUUGUCCCCGUCCCGACCUUCUUCAAUCCAUCAACAACACCUCUCUCUACAAAUCAAGCAGCAGUAGAUGUUUCAUCUCAGGUUCAACAUAGUAUUCACCUUGCGAAGAGUGGGAUACGUGGACUUGUGCUUCUUGGGAGCACAGGAGAAGCCAUUCAUCUUUCACGCGCCGAACGAUCUGAAUUGAUAGCUGGUGUUCGAAAUGGACUUACCUCCGCAGGCUUCUCAGAAUACCCAAUUAUGGCAGGCGUGCUAACCAACUCUUUAAAUGAAGCAUUAGAAUGGUUGGCCGAUGCAAAAGAAGCUGGAGCACAAUGGGGUCUUGUGCUUGCACCUGGAUAUUUCGGUCCUGCUGCGAACCAAGAUAACAUUAAAGAAUGGUAUAAGAUCGUGGCAGAUGCUAGUCCUAUUCCAAUCUUAAUCUAUCAUUAUCCUGGAGUAACAAACAACAUCACAAUAAUUCUCGAGACUUACACGGAGCUCGCUGCUCAUCCCAAUAUCGUUGGGUGCAAGAUGUCCCACGGAAAUGUUUCACAUCAUCUGCAAGUCUCCUUGACGCCAGAUAUCAAUCACGAAAGCUUCCGCGUAUUCAGUGGGUUCGGCCAACAGCUCGGCCCUAUUGUACAAUUCGGCGCGGCCGGUGUGAUUGAUGGGCUUGCCGCAAUUUAUCCUCGAACAUUUGCACGUCUUUUUGAACUUGCGAAAAAGCGACCUAUUGAAUCCGCAGAAUUGCAAGAGUUGCUGUCGCUUCAGUUAUCUGUGAGCCGCGCAGAGGAAUUUGUUGUGAGAUGGGGAAUAAUCGGGAUCAAGGAAGGGAUUUAUCGAACUUUAGGUAUGGGAAACUUGGAAGGUGGAAGACUGCCCUUGAGGGGCAAACUACCUGAAGGGGAAUGGCAGUCCUGGCAUUUUGCUACUAGUGCCAUGGAAAAACUCGAAAGUUCAUAA